AUUAAAAUGAAAUGGAUUAUCUAACAGCAACACUGAUCCAGUACUACCCGGAGAAGUAUUCUGUCCCGAAUCUGAACCAGUACUCGGAGAAGUAUUCUAUCCCGGACCUGAACCAGUACCCGGAGAAUAAAAAAGAACUUGGGAUACAGAACAGAAGUUGAAGAAGAGAGGGAAAAAUCUAGAACCAGGUUCCAAGAAAAAUCUAGAAUGAAGCCAGGUCGUGGUUCAAAACUAUGGUUUCUUCUUCUAAUUAUCCGACAAAUAAUUCCAGCCCUUGGGCUUACUCUUCAAUCCCCUCUCCGGUCCAGUCGACCCAGUAGAUAUGACGACGGGAGUAGAUCCUCCCAACCCUCCACCCACCUGCCCCCUGUACUCUUCCCAUCAGAUGAAGAGCUUGCAGUACAUCUACCAGACUGGAAGGAAAGAGGAACUAGACAAGCUGAAUAUAGAACUAAACCAGGGAUCACAUUAAAAGGCGAAUUGAAGUCCCACGGAGAACCAAAGCAAAAAUGUCCUGAGAGUUCAAGUAUUAAACCCUGUUCAUGCAAGGAGAGAACAUCAGGCCUUGAUAUCACUUGUGAAGGAAUCGGUUUGGUGGAUCUCCAGGCGGUAACAGACCAGCUAAAGAGUCACAAUCAAGUUAGCGUUCAGGAAUACAAUGGUUUUGCUCAGAUUGGUUACUUCAAGAUACGGGAUUGCAGAAUACCCAAGUUCCCUGAUUACAUAUUCAUGGGUUUAAAGAUUGUUCAUCUACUUGUCUACAACUGUGAGGUUCAGAGCCUGAUGCCAAAUAGCUUGAGCUCUCUGGCUGGAAGCUUGAAGCACCUAGUUCUAUCCAACAACAAGCUUCAUGAGGUUCCUAAGAUGGCACUUCGUCAGCUCCGUGAACUAGAUCAUCUUAAUCUCAACCAAAACAACAUUACCAUCAUUAAGGAAGGAGCAUUCUGGGGUUUAAGCAAAGUGACCAGGCUCUCACUUUAUGAUAACAAGCUUAAAGAGAUAGAAAAUGGCGCCUUUGAUGGACUCACUAAACUCCAAUCCAGUCCUCACAGCCAAGUUAAAGGGGAUCUACUGAGACUCAAUGUGGGAAGGAAUCAUCUAAGUGAGAUCCCUCGGGAUGCAAUUGUAUCACUGAAAAACCUGAAUCAACUAGAUUUAUCUGAGAAUAAGAUCGAACAUAUCAAGCCUGGGGUCUUCCAAGGUAUGGAUAGAUUAGAUACAUUGACCCUAAACCACAACUACCUGCAGGAGCUUGGUCCAGGAGGGUUUGAAGGAUUAUCCAAACUAACUUCUCUUAGCCUAGAUUACAACAAGAUAAAUACAAUUGAUCCUGAAGCAUUUAAAGGAUUAGAAGAACAAAUGCAGUCUUUAUCAAUGACAAACAACAAGCUGACAAGCUUACCCACCUCGGCUCUGAGACCCCUACACCAGCUGACUACACUUCAUCUUGAUGAUAACAACCUUCACCAGUUGGAAGAGGGAGCGUUUCAGGGAUUUGGGGAACAUAUUAAGAACUUGUGGCUUCAGAAUAACCAUAUCUCCUUGAUACCACUGACCACAUUUGAUGACCUACACUCCAUUGAGUGGUUGAAGCUAUACAACAAUGAGCUGACCACACUCCACUACGAACUCAUGGAACCUGUUCUAGAUACACUCAAGCAUAUAGAUAUUCAUAGUAACCCGCUUAUCUGUGAUUGUGAGAUGAGGUGGUAUAAGAAAUGGUUUAAUGCUGAAUGGCAGGAGAUUGAUCAAGAUUACAUAAAAGCAACCCAUUGUGUUGAUCCUGAGGAUGGUAGGGAACAUCUUAUAUCUGAAGUAUCUCUGGAUCAUAUGUACUGUAUAGCACCAGAAGAAUCCUCUUCUCCAGGUGCAGGAUUGAGUACUAUGCCUAGUUUACACCAGGAACUUGCAGCUCUACUCUUACAUUGCCUUUUAUAUGUAUAUGUCCAGUACUGAACAACAUGAACUAAACCUAGAUAAAUAUAUUAACCCAGUGAACUUCGGGUCUCAGAGCCAAGAAAAAGUGAAUAAAAGACAUAAAUGGUUGGUUACAAGAUUAAAAUAUAACCUAGGAAACAUUGAAAAUAGGAAUAUUUUAAACAAUGUAGAAGUAAAAAUUGAACACCCUGAUCUGUGAGUGUACUGCAUACUAUUUACAAUAAAUACAAUCUUACAAUACAUUGUAUAUUGUAUACUUAAUAGAACUAUACAACAUAUUUUGUAAUCUAAUAUAUUGUAUGUUUUAUAGAACCAUACAAUGUAAACUUGUAUGUAUAUUUCAUCUUGUAUAUUAUAUACUUUAUAAAACUAUAGCUACACUAUAAAAUGUUAAUGUCGAAUCUUUCUCUUUCUUCUUUACUCUCAGCUUAGCUCUAAGUCCCAGGGAUAAGCUCCAUGUUAUGGAUUUUUAAUAAUGCUGAAAAAGUCGAGAAAUUUCAUUUCUCAAAUCUGAAAUUCUUAAAACAAGAAAUUAGCAGAAACAAAUCUAAUUUUUUUCUCACUAAUUAUUUUAACAUGUUAUUUAUUUAUAGAUAUGUAUUAUUAUUAUUGUUGUUCUCUUCUCUAUGAUGGUCUAGAAUUAAUUAGGAUACAAUCUAAGCUGUCCUGCUGUACACUGUACUGCGUACAUAUAUUGGGCAAGGAAAAUAUGCCAGGAAUCUCCCUGUUCCGUUAAAUCUAAGUACUGCAGUGGAAGGAGAUCAAAACAAUGAAUCAAAAUGGUUUUUUUAAGGGAUGGGGAAUAUGCUAUUUUGAGUAAAACUUAUCACAAAUUUGUAUAUAUUAAAUGGGGUUUAAUUUAAAAAAAGCAUAUUUAUUUUAUUUUUUUAGACAUUAUUGGUCCCAGAGAGUACAUAAUUUGAAUACAUUAGAUUUUGGGGUUUCCUGGUGUAAGGAAAGGUUUUCCAUGGUUUAAAACCAAAAUAAUGAAAUGGAUUCACUUGUACAUACCUCACAAUUAUAGUGUUAUUUUGAAUUCAGAUUUAUAACUUUAAAAUAUUGUAUCUUUAAUAACGAAUGAAAAAUAUAAAUUUUUUUUUCUGACGCAAAGAUUGCAAAUGAGCAACGUCAUGAAUACUUUCUUCUAUAUUCAGAAAGAGAACAGUUUAAUCAAUAGAAUCUAUAUUUAAAUUCUUUAGAAAACAUCCCGUCAAUGCUGUUUUUAACCUGUCAAUAUUUAAAAAAAAAAAACUUUUGCAAAAUUAAUUAAAUGUUCUUGCUUGCAGAAGACUGCUGGUUAUUGUUUAGACUUCACUAAAAAGUGAAUUUUGCAGUUUUCUUAAACCAAUGUAGAAUUGAAUUCAACUUUUAAUCUUACUCUUAUCAACAGUUUUAAUUUGUAUAAUUUAAAUCUCUAAAUGCUUCUGUAUUCUAUAUCAAGUAGGGAUUUAUAAACUGAAAAGAAGUUUCAUUCCCUCAUCUGUGCUUUGGGCAUAUGCCCCAUUGACAUCUAUACCUUUGGUUUAUAGUUAUCUUAUUUUGAUAAUGCGCCUAAUAACAAAUUUUAAGACUCGAGCAGUGUAUAAGGUUUAACCUACAUCACAUAUUUCUUAUUUUAAAUGUGUGUAUACAAUGUUAUUUUCAAUGUGAUAAAUUCUGACCAUUAUUAUCCUGUUUCUCCGCCCUUGAACUAUAUAUUGUACAUACAUAAUACAUAUCCAGUGUUUUCUUUUUAACAAUUUUGAAAUAAAUGUUCAUAAACCUA